GGAGACAGAGUUUGCAUCCAGUUUGAGCGUGAAGGUUGUAGAUUUCGAGGAGUCCUAGUCCCUCGACACGCUAAGUGGGUCAGAAAAAGCAUUCGGAAAACUAAACAAAACCACGCGCAGCGAGCAGCUUCAAGUGAAAAGCACGCCAAAUCAAAUGUAUCGUUUAGUCGGAAAAAGGAAUACACGAAUGUCGGAGCGAAUGAAUGUGCACGGGCAAGCAAAUUACGCAUAAGAUCUCUGGGUGACUCGCUCGAAAAAGAAAAGCGACAAAUCUCUCACAAUAUUAAAUCGCAAAGAAUACCACAGAAGAAUCGCGAAUAAGAAUUAAUAGAAUCAAUUCCCGAAUCGAAUCAAAGAAAAUUAACAUCAGAAUCAGCGACGAGUCAAAUUCGGGUUUGUCGGUUGUGUCGGGCCGGAGACUGAGGCGACCCAUUGAAUUGAAGGUGUGCAGUUCCGUUCCACAGCGGCUUGCAUGGAUGUGGCUGCUGAAAAAGCGUAAAACUGUCACUCAUCUACUUCAAAGGGCCACGCCUGCAACUACGACCAGGACUACCAUUACGCUUGUGCUAGAAAAGUGAUCUCAAACUAUCUUAUGAUGGAACUCUUGUCAAACAAUUCGGUUCCGCAACAAAUGGCCAGCAGCAAUACGGCCAGCGCCAACGGUGUUGCGUCCUCAAAUGCCAACGGCAGCGGGGGCAGUGUCAGCAGCAACGCCAGCAACUCCUCCGAGCGCCUCCUGGCAGGCAUACUGGAGUCGUUUCCCGCCUGGGACCUCAACGUGGGACUGCUGCCCAAUGUGGGGCAGAGCUCGCCGCCUCGCACGGACUUCUUCAUCAAUAACUUUCUGGGCGGACUAGACACACAUGGCGACUUCAGCAUCGGACCCAUUGGCAGUGGGCCGCGCAGUAACCCGAAGAUGUCGCCAGAGUCUUCCAACAACUCGAGCAUCAGCUGCGGCUGGUGCGAGGUGAGCGCCUCCAUACGCUGCCUCGAGUGCAACGAGUUCAUGUGCAACGACUGCCUGAGGGAGCACCGCAACAGUCCGCUCUCCUCGAACCACUCAAUCGUGUCGCUGCCGACACCCAUCGGGGCCUCGCCCACAGGCGGCGGCUCGACCAACGCCCACACGCCGCCCAGCUCCAACUUCAUCUGCGACAUUCACAACGAGAUGCUACGCUACGUGUGCGACUACUGCCGCAAGCUGGUGUGCCAGUGCUGCACCCUACACGAGCACAAGGAGCAUAGCUACGCAUCCAUCCAAAGUUUCAUGGUCGGCUCCAAGGAGAAGCUGGAGGGGGCCAUUGAGAGCAGCCAGGUGGGGACGCGCUGCAUCAAGAGCAGCAUUGACAAGGCCCUGGCCUUCAUCCGGCUCAUCGAGCGCAACUGCAGCGAGCUAAGCGACAACAUACGGAAGGCCUUCCGUCAGUUCAUCAUUGCCAUCGAGGACCGCGAGCGUUUCCUGCUCGACUUUGUGGAGAAGCUGCGCAUGCGCCGUCUGGCCAUCCUCCACGACCAGAUGGCGGGCCUGAAGUCCGCCCUGGCCGGCCUCUCCGAGACCUCCGACAUGCUCAGCAAAGUAGCGGACAAUGCGCUGAGCAUGGACCAGAUCGAGAUAGCCAUGAAGCUCACCAAUGGACAGCGCCAGAUGGAGCAGUUUGCCGGCAUCUACAAGGAUCUGCAGCCCAAGCAGGAGGUCUUUGCCUUUGCCCCACCCGACUACAGUCUGCUGCAAGAUAUCAGAAACCAGGGUGGCGUCAUACUGGUCGACGACAAGAACCUGCCCAUUGUCACUAGUACCAGCGGCAUCGUGCCCAGCGUCUCCAAUGUUAACGCCGUCACCGCCGCCUCCGUGGGCAUCGGAGGAAUCGGAGUCGGAGUCGGAAAUGGCGUUGGUGUUAAUGUCGGUGUCAAUGUCGGCGUCGGUGGCGGUGUUGGUGUCGGUGUGGGUCCUGGCAAUGGAAUGGACUUGGCCUUUGGCAUCGGGAGCAUUGCCAACAAUCCGUUGAGCGUGGCCUCCUCGAAUGUGCGUCGUCCACUGCUGCGGGACAACAGCUUCCGCAUACCGUCGCCCAUAAUGCAGCCGCGUGGCGGCAGUGCCUGCGGCAUGACUAGCGCAGCCCUGGACUGGGAGCUGAACGGACUGCGAAGCUCGCCAGGCCUUCACUUCAGCGCUCCUCGAACGACGCAGGCCAUACCCGGCUGUAUGGAUCUGGUAAAAGUGCGAAACUCCAACUCACUGUCGCUGUCGUUUGCCACCGAAGGACACGAGGAUGGGCAGGUGAGCCGGCCGUGGGGUCUGUGCGUGGACAAGAUGGGCCAUGUUCUGGUCUCGGAUCGCCGCAACAACCGUGUGCAGGUCUUCAAUCCAGACGGCUCGCUCAAAUUCAAGUUCGGACGCAAGGGCGUUGGCAACGGGGAGUUCGACCUGCCCGCCGGCAUCUGUGUGGACGUGGACAAUCGCAUCAUUGUGGUAGACAAGGACAACCACCGCGUGCAGAUCUUUACGGCCAGCGGCGUCUUCCUCCUCAAGUUCGGCAGCUAUGGCAAGGAGUACGGCCAGUUCCAGUAUCCGUGGGAUGUGGCAGUAAACUCGCGCCGCCAGAUCGUGGUCACCGACUCGCGCAACCAUCGCAUCCAGCAGUUCGACUCCGAGGGACGAUUCAUACGCCAGAUUGUGUUCGACAACCAUGGCCAGACGAAGGGCAUCGCCUCACCCCGCGGUGUCUGCUAUACGCCCACGGGGAACAUCAUUGUAUCCGAUUUUGACAACCAUUGCCUCUAUCUAAUCGAUCCCGACAUCAAUGACAUUCUUUCCGUGAAGGGACACGAGGGCUCGGGCUUCCAUGAGUUUAAUAGGCCCUCGGGGCUGUGCUGUGACGACGAGGGCCGCAUUAUAGUGGCCGAUUCCAAGAAUCAACGCAUCCUGGUCUUCAACCAAAAUCUAGACUUUAUGUGGGAUAUCGAGGUGCGACCCUCUAUCAACCCACUAAUGCCACCGACGCUGGACGAGAAGGAUCGUACGUGCGAUGUGGCCAUGAUGCCAGACGGUCGCAUCGUAUUCCUCAUUGAACUGUCGCCAGACUCCAAGGAAGGGUCUAACCCUUACAAGCGGUUUGUGCACGUAUUCUAAAUAAGCUUAUAGCCGUCAAAUGGACUGGGAGGGGAAUACGAAUACGAAUACCAAUCUUUUUUUAGACCAUUUACAAGAGCUAAACGUUAGCGUAGUAGAGACAUCCAAUCCAAAAGAAACAAAACAAAACAAAACACUAAAAUAACUAUAAAAGAAAAAGAGUAAAUCUGAAUUGCGAGCAAGGAAAAUUAGAAAAAAUUUUUAGCUUAAGUGCUACAACGAUUACCUCGAUAAUGCUUAAGAGUUAUGGUUACGAUUUGGUAAUUUACAAAAUACUAUACGAAUUACACAUAUGUAUGUAUACCGAUAUGGAUAUAUACAUAUAUAUAUCUGUAUAUCUGUAUGCGUGUUUAAGCGUAUAUGUAUCUAGCGAACAUACAAAAACCCAACCCAACCCAGCCACCCAAUUAGGUUUAAAGCGAAGAACAACAGCAACAGCGGAUGGGUAGGAAAUACAUACAUAAAUAUGUAGGAGAUAUACAUACAUAUGUAUAAAACAUUAUUUGGUGAAGGAUCCAUGGCGUUCAGUGCGGUAGACUCUAGUGAACCAAACAGAUAAUGAAGGCAGAGCAGGACACAACAAUAAGGAUUACUAGAUGAAAAUAUUACUACCUGUUAGUUAGACUGAAACGCAGUUCUCUAGCUGGUCAAGGGGAGAAGGAGGAAUCAAUCGAAAGAAGGCGAAGUGCGUUUUUAUCGGGGGUUGCUUAGCUGAACUAGAACUACUAAAUAAGAUUUUUGUUUCUACGAGAGUUACUAUAAAUUAGUUUGCAGACAAAUUGUUUAGAAUGGUAUUAAUGUUUGUAUUAUUAUCUUAGUUUGUUUAGUUCCGUUUAGAGCUAUUUUUUUCAUUUAUUGUGCAUAUGCACGUUGAUAGGUUUUUUAAACGUUUAUUUUAAUUGAUUAUUUUACAAAUAAUUUUCUUAUAAUUGAGACUGAGCAAGUGAGUACACGAAACUUUGUAAAAGGAAACAAAGCAAAACAAAACAAAACAAACAAAAAAUCGAAUCGAAAGAAAAGAGAUGAAAAACAAGAACAAAACAAAAACAAAUAUUAAGAAAACCCGCUGACUUUUUGGUUGAACUUUUAACAAAGACUGAUUAACUAAACCGCAAUUUCGGAGCCAACUGAAGAGCCAUUUAUGGUGAGGCCAAAAAAAAGUGAAAUGAAAAUCACAAAAACACACACAGACAAAUUGCAAUGACAUUGAUAACGUAAAGUAACUUAACUUAGCAUAACACUCAUACAUACAUGCAAGCAUACAUAUAUUACAUAUAUAUAUAUUUAAAUAUAUAUAUAUAGAGAGAUCCACAUCCAGUCACGGUCACGGUCGCAUCAUGAAUCAUUAUAGGCAUAGCUAAACCGAGUUUAACUGACAUUCACAUACAUGCAUACAUAUGUACAUUACAUACAAUCAUUUCAUCCUACAUUCAUCACAGGGAUUUUGGAUUCGAAAAUGGAUUCGAAUGAAAUGAUUCCCCCACAGGGUACAACCAGAAGAGUGUUAGAGUUAGCUAAAGGAAUGACAACAGAAGAGGGGAUAGCGGGAAAGGUUGCUUGCAGAAGAAUGGAGGAAACAACAAAAUGAAAAAAAUUAUCAUAAUUUUUGACUCAAUGUGUUCAUUAGCAUUUAGUAGAUUUAACAGGCGUGACGACGUAGUGGAGGCAUAUGAAGAAUCCAGAGCAAUAUAUGGGCGUAUUGAAUACACAUUUAGGUGACAUGUUCCUCGCAAACAAAAACAUAACAAGAAAACAAAUGAAACUUAAUGAAAGCUUAAGAAAAGGGAAAGUAAUACCACAACAGAAGGUAAAUGCAUGGAUUAGCUGAAUUUUGUGUGAGAUGAGAUUUUAAUAGCAAAUAUAUAGUACAGUACACACAUAGAAUCGACUAGAAAAGAUCCUGGGUGGGCCUGGAUCUAUACUUGGCACCUGGAACCUGGCAUAAGUUGCAAUGCGUGAUUAGAAAGGCGCUUAAAAUGUAUUAGCCAACUUAGUUACUUAGUUUAUUUUUAUGUUCUCAAUGUUUAAAAAUGUUCAAUUCUAUUAUAUUUGUGUUUUAACCCGGAUUCAGAACCUGAUCAAACCAGAGCAAAAGCGAAAGCAAGAGACAGAGAGCGAGAGCGAGAGAGAGCGAAAGAGAUAGUACCAGAAUGUGUGCAAGGGAGAGAAAUAUAGCUAACACUCCUUCCACGUAUAAAGCAACAUUGCAUAAAAUGCGCAAAAAACCAAGAAACAAGUGAAAACCCAUAAAAAAAAAAUAUUUAAAAAAUCCCUACAAAUACACUCUAAAUAAUAUUAAAGAAAAAUUAAAAAAAUGAUGCAAAAAUGCCAGAUUUGCUCUACGAGAGGAAAGGCAACAAAAACAUAUACUUAUACAAUAUUUAUACAUAUACAAUACAUAUAUACACGACAGAACAAAGGGAAACCUAUUAUAUAGAGCUAUAUAGAAUAGAAAUCGUAAUUAUUUUACACCUUAGUUUAGGCAGCCCCCUCGAGUCCUUGAGUCCUUGAGUCCUCGAGCCCACACGAAAUUGCCAUAACAUAACAUGACACAACCUCACCUCAUUUUAUUCAAUCGAACAUACCUUGACGCGCCGUUCAUUUCUUGUGAUCCAGAUAGAAUCAUUCACAACCAACAACCACAUACAAAUCACACAAACAAAGAAAAACUCACGCCAGACCACUCCUGCAUGUGUAUGUGCGUAUAUAUCAUAUAUGCACAUACCAUACAUACAUAUAUGUACAUAUGUACAUAUAGUAUACCGUCUAGCGACGUUUGAGAAUGCCAUAUUUUAUACUAUUUGUGUGAGGUUUACUAAAACAAAUACUAAAGAACAAAUACUUAUAUCAUUACAAAUGAGCGCCGUUUUCUAAAAGCCACAGUUUAGAAAUUGUGUAAAAAAUAAAUGAAACUGCACUAAAAACAAAAACAAAAAACAAAAAACAAAAACAAACAAACGAACCGAAUAAGGAAUCAAAUUAUUGAGAUUUAAGCGAAUACAGAAUGCCAUAAUUUAAAAUAAAAAGCAUUUAAACAUAUACAUAUGUAUAUACUAUAUCUAUAGAGUACUCGUACUAAAGUAUGUUAAACAGAAAAUGAAGAGAACACUAAAAGUCAUGAGAAUACUGAACAAUUUGCCAAAGGCUUAAGAAUCAAAACGAAAACGAGGGAGCGUAAAUAUAAUAUACACAUAAUACACACAAAUAUAAAACACACACUCACACAGAUACAACAAGAGUUAAUUAAAACUUUUACAACAUUACCAUACCAAAAAAUAGUACUACAUUUAACUUGCAGUCAGGUAUUUUAUUUUGACAUAUUCCAAACAACCAAACAAGUUGACCCAACCAACAUCCACACCAACACCAACACCAACACCAACACCAACACCUACCUAAAACUAAUUCUAUUGUAAUGAAAAACAACAAAAAAUUGCUCAUAUACACAUAGCUACUAACUAAACUAAAGUAUAUGUUGUAUACUAUACUAAAAACGAAUCCAAAACUUAAAUCAGGUAUUCAUUUUUUUGGUAUUACGUACAUAUUUAGCGAUUAAGAACAGCGAAACUUAAAACAAUUACUCAAUGACUAAGGAUCCUUCGAUAUGUGCGGCCAAGCGAAACACCGCUAGAAGAUU